GAUCCCCGCCCCUCUCACAAUUCUUUACUUCAAAAAAGAAAUAUAUAAUAAUAAUAAUUAGAAAGACAGAGAAAUAGUAGAAAUGGCGCCAAAUCUCCGCCACCUCCCGUCAUUUUACUUCAUUGCCACCACCACCGCCGCCGCCGUCCUCCUCUUCCUCCUCUUACCUUCCUCCGCCUCCGCCGGCCACGACUACCAUGACGCCCUCCGCAAGAGCAUCCUCUUCUUCGAGGGCCAGCGCUCCGGCCGCCUCCCGCCCGACCAACGCCUCCGCUGGCGCCGCGACUCCGCCCUCCACGACGGCGCCUCCGCCGGGGUGGACCUGAGCGGAGGCUACUACGACGCCGGGGACAACGUGAAGUUCGGUUUUCCGAUGGCGUUCACCGCCACAUUGCUGUCGUGGAGCAUCAUUGACUUCGGGCGGAGCAUGGGCGGCGGCGAGCUCGGGAACGCCGUCAGGGCCUUGAAGUGGGGCACCGACUAUCUGCUCAAGGCCACCGCCCACGACGGCGUCGUAUUCGUGCAGGUCGGAGAUCCCCUCUCCGACCACAACUGCUGGGAGAGGCCGGAGGACAUGGAUACCCCGAGGACGGCGUACAAGAUCGACGCGGCCAACCCCGGUUCCGACGUCGCCGGAGAAACCGCCGCCGCGCUCGCCGCCGCGUCCAUCGUCUUCCGGUCACGUAACCCGGCCUAUUCCAGGCUGCUGCUCAAUCGUGCCGUUAAAGUAUUCGAGUUUGCUGACAGGCAUCGUGGCGCCUAUAGUGCUAGCCUACGCCAUGCCGUCUGCCCUUUUUACUGUGAUAUCAAUGGUUACCAGGAUGAAUUGCUAUGGGGUGCGGCGUGGCUGCACAAGGCUUCUCGUAGGCGAGAGUACAGAGAAUACAUAGUGAGAAACGAGGUUGUAUUAAGGGCAGGAGAUACAAUUAAUGAGUUUGGUUGGGACAACAAACAUGCCGGGAUUAAUGUUCUACUUUCCAAGGAUGUUUUAAUGGGCAGAGCUGUGGACUUGAAACAGUUUAAGAUAAAUGCCGAUGGCUUUAUCUGUUCAGUUUUGCCUGGACUUUCUAAUACUCAGGUCCAAUAUUCACCAGGGGGACUGAUAUUCAAGAAUGGAGGAAGUAACAUGCAACAUGUAACAUCCCUAUCCUUUCUGCUUUUGGCUUACUCUAAUUAUCUUAGCCACGCCAAUCACAUGGUGACAUGUGGCGCCACCUCAGUCUCCCCUGCCCUUCUCAAGAGGUUGGCCAAGCGUCAGGUUGACUACAUUCUGGGGGAUAAUCCGUUGAGAAUGUCGUACAUGGUGGGCUAUGGGCCGCGUUAUCCAGAGAGAAUCCAUCACCGGGCCAGCUCUUUGCCAUCCCUUGCGGCCCACCCGCAGCGAAUAGGCUGCAAAGCUGGAUCACGUUACUUUCUCAGCCCAAAUCCCAACCCUAACCUCUUGCUUGGGGCUGUUGUUGGUGGGCCGGACAGCUCAGAUGCAUUCCCGGACUCCAGGCCUUUCUCGCAGCAGUCCGAGCCCACAACGUAUAUCAAUGCCCCAUUAGUGGGCCUGCUUGCCUACUUUUCAGCCCAUCCUUGACAAAUUUGUUAAGGAAUCUGAAAAGUAGAGUGGUUGGCAAAGGUCACCCUCUAUAAUUCAUUUGCCUAUUUUUAUUACUAUUAUUAUUAUUAUUUGUGAUGACAAUUUUUAUGAGCGGUUUCUGAUCAAUUACGUUUAUGGCAAAUCAAUUAUCACUAUUUAAGUAAAGAUGUGCUAAAGCACAUCAUAUGCUCAUGUGUAAUUUCCACCUUAGUGGGACAUCAAUGAAAAGUUUUAUCUAAUUAAUGUUUCUUAUUUUGAGUACCUAUGAUGUUAUUCUUGUGAAAAGCAUAUGUCAAG